AUGGAUCAUCCAGAAAAUAUAGUAACACAACUUAUCCAUGAAGAGCACAGAUCAAAAUGGAUAGCACGUAGCAAUCAUAAUGUGAAAUGUUUUACAGAAGAUGAGAUAAAAAGAUUUACCGACAACUAUAAGACUUUACUCGGUAGAGGUGCCUUUGGAGAAGUUUAUCAAGGAGUCCUUGAGGACAAAAGUAUGAUUGCAGUCAAGAGGUUUAUCUACAAUGUAAGAGAAAGUUUUGCCAAAGAGUUGAUCGUCCACCGUGAAAUCAAUCACAAGAACGUAGUCAGAUUAAUUGGCUAUUGUGUAGAUGAAAGUGCCCUAAUGGUGGUCACGGAGUAUAUUCCUAAAGGAAAUCUGAGUAACAUCCUUCACCAGGAUAGUAUGCCCAUCACUUUGGAUACACGGCUAAGAAUUGCAAUUGAAUGUGCAAAAGCAUUGGACUAUAUGCAUUCACAAAUGUAUACUCAGAUCAUUCAUGGUGAUAUCAAGCCUGCUAAUAUACUUCUGGAUGAUGGACUCGGUGCAAAAAUAUCAGACUUUGGAAUAUCAAGACUAAUCAACACUGAAAAUACUCUAUAUACUCUAAAUGUGAUAGGAAGUAUAGGCUACAUGGACCCUCUGUUUGCUCAGAGUGGCCGCCUCACAGCAAAGAGUGAUGUUUACAGUUUUGGAGUUGUGCUCCUGGAACUGAUAACCAGAAAAAAAGCAAGAACAGAGGAUGGGGAGAUUGGCUUGGUUGAAAGUUUUAGUCAAUCUCUUUCAGAAGGGAUUAGGAGGGUGAGGGAGAUGUUUGAUUCUGAAAUUGCAACAUCGAGCGACAUGAAGACUAUUGAAGAGAUUGCUAAGUUGGCAGGUAAAUGCUUGAAGAUGGAACUUACCAAACGUCCUCACAUGUUAGAAGUUGCAGAACGUCUUCGCAAACUUAAGAAAGCUGCAUGUCAGGUACAAGAAAGACCAACUCUGUUUUCUUGGAUAUGGAAAAAUAAACAAGCUCCAGCCAAAACACCACCACUAGAAAGCAGCAGCAGUAGCCAAAACGCGAGAACUGUAGCUCCAGCUGAAAAGAUGCCAUCACAAGAAAGCAGUGGCAGUACCCUCAAAACGGGAAUUGUGGCUGCACUCAAAGCGGCACUAUCACAGGUAAGCCAUGAUAGUACACAAAAUGUGGGAACUUCUAUCAUUGGGUCGACAAUGACAGGCCAAUUGUUCGACCUGAAAGACCUGCUUGGGGCAUCGACUGAAGUUCUGGGCAAGGGUACAAUCGGGACAACAUACAGAGCAACACUAGAUAGUGGAUAUGAGCUGGUGGUCAAGAGGCUGAAAGAUGUGGACUUGGAGGAGGCGGUCUUUAAGCGGCUUGUUACGUUGUUUGCUGCCAUCCAGAACAAACACAUAGUGCCACUUCUAUGGUAUUACUGCAGCAAGGAUGAGAGGUUGCUAGUGUAUAAUGUAGUCCCCAUGGGUAGCCUAGCAAAAGUACUCCACGGCGACCAAGGUUCUGGCCCAGCUCAACUGGACUGGGAGCAGCGGUUGGCUAUCUCACUAGCUGCUGCGCGUGGUGUGCAGGCUAUCCACUUAGCUGGGCCAUCAAGCUGCCAUGGCAACAUCAAGUCUUCCAACAUCCUGCUCACCGGAACUCACAACGCAUGUGUGUCGGAGCAUGGCCUGAUAACACUUGGUAUUUAUUACAAUGCCUCCGGCUACUGUGCACCCGAGGUCACCCGCAAUAGGUGGGUCUCCCAGAAAUCUGACGUCUACAGCUUCGGCAUCCUAUAG